CAUCUUAAUCAAUGACCAUCCUUGUCAUUCAAUAUUUGAUUUUAUUUCUAUUUCUUCCAUUUAUAACAUUGGCUGCCAUUUUCCUUUUCAAGAAAAUACUAAGUACUCCAAGGUUACCAUCUAAAGCAUGUUUACCACCAGGUCCUAAACCAUGGCCAAUUAUCGGCAGUCUUUUCAUAAUGAUGAGAAAUAAACCUAAUUUUUCUAGAUGGGUGCAUGACACCAUGUCGAAAAUGGGCUGCGAGAUCUUUUGCAUUCGCAUAGGGAGCGUGCAUGUGAUAGUUGUUACCUCCCCAGAGAUUGCUUGCGAGUUCCUAAAGAAACAAGAUGCAAUUUUCGUGUCACGUCCUACAUUCCUAUCGGCAGAGAUAGUGAGCGAUGGAUUUUGUACAGCGAUCUCGACGCCUUUCAAUGAUCAAUGGAAAAAGAUGCGACGCGUAUUCGUCUCUAAUAUACUCUCUUCGGCUACCCUCCAUUGGAUGCACGACAAAAGAGCCGAGGAGGCUGACCAUCUGGUUCGCUAUGUCUACAAUCUUAUUAAGAGCAAUGACGGUAUAGUGAAUGUUAGGGUUGUGGCACAACACUUUUGUGGAAAUAUGAUGCGAAAUAUGGUCUUUAGUAAGAGAUUUUUUGGUAAAGGUAAUGAAAAUGGUGGACCAGGACCUGAAGAAGAGGAACAUAUGGCUGGGAUUUUCACUAUACUCAAGUGUUCCUUCAAUUUUUGCAUUUCUGACUAUUUUCCAUUUCUUCGACGUAGAAUAGAUCUCGAUGGUAAUGAGAAAAGAACACGACAAGCUGUUCAGAAUGCGAGGAAAUAUCAAGACAUAGAAGUAGAUACGAGAAUUAAACAAUGGCGUGAAGGGAUGAGAAAAGAGAAAGUUGAUCUUCUUGAUGUUCUAAUCACUCUAAAGAAUGACAAAGGAAUAGCUCUCUUGACAUCGGAGGAGAUUAAAGCUGAAAUUUUGGAAAUAAUGUUAGCAUCUAUUGACAACCCAACAAAUGCUAUUGAAUGGGCUCUUCUUGAGAUGAUAAACCAACCAAAGACAUUGCUAAAAGCCGUUCAAGAACUAGAUCAGGCUGUCGGAAAAGAUCGGCUUGUCCAAGAAUCUGACCUACACAAUCUCAAUUACAUUAAAGCAUGUGUGAAAGAAUCUUUUCGACUCCAUCCGGUGAGCCCAUUCAAUGUUCCACAUGUGUCCAUUUCUGAAACCACGGUGGCUGGUUACUUCAUACCUAAAGGAAGUCACGCGCUCUUGAGUCGUCUAGGUCUCGGGCUUAACUCUAGGAUAUGGGAUGAACCACUUCUAUUUAAGCCAGAGCGUCACAUUAAGGAUGACGGUUCAGAUGUGAUAUUAAAUGAUACAAAUCUUCACCUAUUAUCAUUUAGUAUAGGUCGACGUGGUUGUCCUGGGGUCAACUUAGGAUCCACUAUGUCAUUUAUGUUACUUGCUCGACUUCUUCAAGGUUUCACUUGGAACUCACCAUCAAACACUACUUACAUUGAGCUUGUGGAGCCUUUACUUGCCUUUGCAAAGCCACGAUUGAACGAGCAGUUGUAUAUAUAGAGCUAGCUAUGUACAAUUAUGUAUAUUCAUGCUU